ACGAAAUGCAGUAGCCAAAGUUGAAUUUCCAAAGCAUAAUAGUCUAAGAUUCACUCUAUGAUCUAGUAAACGUCGCACAGAGUUCUCCACAAUACACAUAUUUUCUACCAGCUUUGAUCGAGAGGUGUUGCCGAAAAAUGGGUGGAGUGAAGCUGGUUGCUACAACUCAAAGCUUUUUCUGCACUAGGGUUCAGUGGGCUUUGAAGCUCAAAGGGGUGGAGUAUGAGUUUAUAGAGGAAGAUUUAAGAAAUAAGAGCCCCGUCCUGCUCAAGUAUAACCCUGUCCACAAGAAGGUCCCUGUGCUUGUGCACCAUGACACACCCAUUGUGGAGUCACUAGUGAUCCUUGAGUACAUCGAUGAGACAUGGAAGGAGAACCCCUUACUUCCCCAGGACCCUUUCGACAGAGCUGCUGCACGUUUUUGGGCUAAGUUUGCUGAUGAGAAGGUUGUGUUUGGAGUAUGGACAGCUUGCACGGCGGAAGGAGAGGGGAAGGAGAAGGCAAUAGAGGCUGCUCUAGAAUCAUUAGCUCAUCUUGAGAAGCAGAUUGAAGGGAAGAAGUUUUUCGGUGGAGAACAAAUAGGGUAUCUGGAUUUAGUACUGGGUUGGAUACCUCACUGGCUCAAUACUGUGGAAGAAGUUGGAGGCAUGAAGCUACUUGAAGCUGAGAGGUUCCCAUGUCUCCUUGAAUGGGGUCAGAACUUCAUCCAUACUCCAUUCAUCAAAGAAUGCAUUCCACAAAGAGAGAAGCUUAUCGAAUACUUGAGUGCUAGUAUCAUCUACUUGCGUUCCUUAGCAGCCCAAAAACCAUGAUCUCAAGCUCAUCAGUUUGGUUUUCUAGCUGAUUGGAUUUAGAGAAACUUUUUUCUGGUUUCAGGGUUCUUGUUCCAGUAGUAGUGUGUCCUGUGUCACACUCUAUCGAUCUGAUUAGUUCUUUGUUUAUUGGGUCUCCCUCUUGCUCAUGUAUUUCCUCUUGAAAUAAAAUGAUGCAUUAUAU